AUGAACCUGGGCCCGCUCAGCCCAGACACCCGUCGGCGGCUUCUGCAGGGCCAGGCAGGCCCCCUCCCAGAACCCGUGCCCAGCGGCGUGGCCAUCUUCAUUAGCUCCACCAUCUCAGACAUGGAUGCAGAGAGAGAAGCUCUGCAGAGCACCGCGUACCCCGAAGUGCAGACCUUCUGCCAAAAGCACGGCCUGAUGUUUGAGGUGGUUGAUCUGAGGUGGGGAAUUCAGCACACGCAGGCCACCGACCACAUGACCACGGAUCUCUGCCUAGAGGAGCUCGACCGGUGUCGGAAAACAUCCUUGGGGCCGGCGUUUGUUGCCCUCCUAGGGGACCAGUACGGCCCCUGUCCAGUACCCACGCUGAUCGAGGAGAAGGAGUGGGAGGCCCUGAAGGCCCAGCUGACCACCAGGCCAGGUGACCUGGAGCUGGUGGCUCACCACUUCUGGAGGGACGAGAACGCCGUGCCCCCCACCUACGUGCUGCAGGCCCUGGGCACCGGGAAGACCCAGGGGCCCGAGGAGCCCACCCUGACCUCUGUGCUGCGCUGCGGAGCCCAGGAAGCCAGGAGGCUGGGCCUCAUCACCCAGGAGCAGUGGCAUCGCUACCACCGGUCAGUCAUCGAGUGGGAGAUAGAAAGGGGCCUGCUGAGCUCGACAGAUGGGGACCAGGGGGCCACUGUCUUCCUGAGAGAGAUCCAAGACCUUAACAAACACAUCCUGGAAGACUGUGCCCUGAAGACGGUGGACCGGCUCGCAGAUGGCUGCCUGGACACGGAUGCCCAGAACCUUCUCAGCAGCCUCAAGGGGCGCAUCGCUGACACGCAGCCCGGGGUCCUCAAGGCCCACCACCUGCCAUGGAGUCGCGACCUGGUGAACCCCAAAAAUAAGGCUCAUGCCCGGUACCUGAAGGAGCUGGGAGAGCAGUUUGUGGCCAGGGCUAACCACCAGGUCCUCGAGCGCCUCCGGGAGCUGGAGGCUGGCAGGCAGGACCUGGCAUGGCUCUACCAGGAGAUCCGCCACCAUCUGGGGCUGAGUGCCGAGGCCACCAGGACCUUCUGCGGGCGCCAAGAGCUCCUGGCCCAGGUGGGACAGCGACUCCGGCAGAGUGACAGCCACGCGCACACACCCCUGGUGCUUUUCGGACCCCCAGGCAUUGGAAAGACGGCUCUGAUGUGCAAGCUGGCCGAGCAGAUGCCAGGGCUGCUGGGCCGCAAGACGGUGACUGUUCUGCGGCUUCUGGGGACAUCGCAGAUGAGCUGUGACGCCCGUAGCCUGCUCCAGAGCAUCUGCUUCCAGGUGUGCCUGGCCUACGGGCUGCCCUUGCCUCCUGCCCAGGUCCUGGAGGCCCACAGCAGGGUGCUCCAUUUUUUCCACACCCUCCUGCACACUAUCUCCUGCCGAAACUUUGAGUCCCUUGUGAUCCUGCUAGACUCUGUGGAUGACGUGGACUCCAUCCACCGUGCUUGGAGGGUCCCCUGGCUGCCUCCCCAGUGCCCCCCGAGGGUCCACCUCAUCAUCUCGGCCUGCUCAGGGCAGCGGGGAGUUUUAGACACGGUGCAGCAGACACUCACGGACCCAACGUCCUACUGGGAAGUGAAACCCCUCUCCAGCAACCAAGGGCAAGAGAUGAUCCAGCGCCUGCUGGCAGCCUCCAGGAGGACACUGAGCCCAGAGCAGAGGGAUCUGCUCUGGGCCAGCCUCCCGGAGUGCGGGCAUCCGGGGCAGCUGAGGCUGGCCUUCGAGGAGGCCCGAAAGUGGGCCUCCUUCACUGUGCCCACCCCUCUGGCCUCCACAGCCAUGGAGGCGAUGCACCAGCUGUGUGCGCGCCUGGAGCAGACCCACGGGCAGCUCCUGGUGGCCCGAGUGCUCGGCUACGUUGUGUCUUCCCGGCACGGGCUCUCAGAGGCCGAGCUGAAGGAUGUCCUGUCCUUGGACGAUGAGGUCCUGCAAGUUGUGUACCAGGACUGGACCCCGCCCAGCAGGGAGCUGCUGCGUUUCCCACCCCUGCUGUGGGUGAGGCUCCGACGUGACUUGGGAAACUGCUUGGCCAGGCGGCCCAUGGACGGCUUCACGCUCCUGGCCAUCGCCCCCAGACAGCUGGCGGAGGUGAUCCGAGAGCGCUACUUGUCAGGGCCUGAGAAAGCCAAGAGGCACGGGAUGUUGGCCGACUUCUUCCUGGGGACCUGGAGCCAGGGCACCAAGAAACUCAUCACCCUGCCACUGGUGGGGAAGCCCCUGAACCUGGACCGCAAGGUGGCCCCCCAGCCCCUGUGGUUCUCAGACACUGUUGCAAACCUGCGGAAGCUGAAGGAGCUGCCCCAUCACCUGCUCCACUCAGGCCGCAUCGAGGAGCUGAAGCAGGAGGUGCUGGGCAGCAUGGACUGGAUUUCCUGCCGGGGCGUCUCCGGGGGCAUCGAGAGCCUGCUGGAUGACUUUGACCUGUACGCCCCCCACGUGGACUGCCCCGAGGUGGGCCUGGUGCGAGAAGCCCUCCAGCUGUGCCGCCCAGCCGUGGAGUUCCGAGGCAUGGAGAGGAGCGUCCUGUACACAGAAGUCCUGGCCAGACUCCAUUUCUUCGCCACCUUGCAUCCGGCUCUGGUGGGACGGCUGUGCCAACAGGCCCAGAGCUGGUUCCGGGUGUGCCCACACCCUGUGCUGGUGCCUCUCGGAGGGUUCCUCCAGCCCCCAGGAGGGCCCCUCCGGGUGACCCUCACUGGCUGUCACAAAGGCAUCACCGCUAUGGCAUGGAGCCUGGAAGAGAAGCUGCUGGUGGUCGGCAGCCAGGAUGGCAUCGUGACUGUGUGGGACAUGGAAGUACAGCAGGUGAUCCAUGUCCUAACUGGACACAAAGGAGAGAUCAGGUGCGUAAAAGUAUUUGCCGAAGGGACGCAGGCCAUCUCUGCCUCCAAGGACCGCACGCUGCGCUUGUGGAACUUGCUCUCUGGCCAGGAGAAAUUCACCAUUUGGGAGGGACACUCAAAAGAUCCCGCUGAACCUCAGAUCUGGAGCCUCCAUGUGGAUGAAGCGAAGAAGAUUGUGUAUUCAGCAUCUGGCUCAAAGGUCAGUGCUUGGAAGCUGGAAACUGCAGAGCUGGUUUUCCAUGUCCUGGGAGAUGCCUCUGAGCCCUGGCUGUGCACGGCAGUGCUGGCUUCCCAGGCCACGCUGCUGACGGUGUCUGAGGGCUGCGCGGUCGGUCUGUGGAGCUCAGCCACAGGCAAAGUGCAGGGGAAGCAACGCCUGUCUGGCAUCAAAGAAGAAACACCUACCUGUGGGGUCUCAGUCCAGAAACCAGGAUGGAUGGUUGUUGGGUUCAGCAAAGGCUCCAUCUUGUUGGUUUCCUCUGAAGGAGACAGCCUGCUGGAGAAGCUUCCAGAAGCUGUGGGGUUCCUGGUGGUCUCUGAAGACGAGUCCCUUCUCGCUGCAGGCUUUGGAAGGUCCGUGCGGAUAUUCUUGGCCAACUCACAGGGAUUUCAUCGACUCAUGACCACUGACCUUGAACACGAGGACACGGUGGAGACGGCUGUUUUUGGUCCUGAGAACAAUCUGAUUGUCACUGGGUCCCGGGAUGCACUCAUUCAGGUAUGGAGUCUGUCGGAACAGGGGACCCUGCUGGACAUCCUGGAAGGCGUCGGGGCCCCCGUAGGCCUGCUGGCCCGGUGUGGGGCCUUGGUGGCGUCUGCUUCCCAGCAGUCCUCCUCCUUCAAAGUCUGGGACCUCACUCACACUCGGAAGCCGCGGGCCUCUGCCCCGUUUCUGGAUCGCACCGGCCUCACCGCCGUGUCACACAGCGGAAGCUACAUCUACUUCCCCAAAAUUGGGGACAAGAACAAAGUCACCAUUUGGGACUUGGCAGAAGGUGAAGAACAAGAUGCCCUGGACACCUCCAACGAGGUCCGGUGUCUGGAGGUCGCCGAGCAGGCCAAGCUCCUUUUCACUGGCCUCGCCUCCGGAAUUGUCCUGGUGUUCCCCCUGAAUUCCAGGCAGGAUGUGAUGUGCAUCCCCCCUCCAGAGACCCGGAAAGCCGUCAACUGCAUGGCCCUGAGCAAGGGCGAGGAGCACCUGGCCAUCGCCUAUGACAGCAUCGUCCUGGUGUUUGACAUCAACCCAGGGGACCUGUGUCCAGUCAUCGAUGGGCCAACCUACACCUUCUAUACCCAGCUGCCUGCGACCAUAUCCAGCGUGGCCGUCCUGGCCGACUACCGUGUGAUUUACGGCAUGACCAAAGGCGACCUCUUCCUUUACGAGUGUGUGAAUUCCAAAGUGUUCCCUCUGGAGGCCCAUGGGAGCCGGGUCACCUGCGUGGAGGUCAGCCACCAGGAGCAGCUGGCAGUCAGCGGGUCCGAGGAAGCCCUGCUGUGUCUCUGGGACCUGCAGGCCUGCAAGUGGAAAUUUGAGAUGAGUUACACGAACACUUAUUGUCGAGGAGUCCAAUGUGCUUGCUUCUCCAAGGAUGACAAGUAUGUGUAUGCGGGCUUGAGGGAUCGCUCCAUAAUCGUCUGGAGUGUGCUCGACGGCAGCCUACGGGCCGUCCAGUUUGUCCAUGCCGUGGUGAACAGAAUCAUCCCAACCGCCAACGGCUUCAUUGCCCCCACCAGACAUGGCUAUCUCAUCCGUGACCGAUUCCAGUGCCCUUCAUCAAGAGCCCCGCAGCAGGACUCUCUCAAGAACUUCAGGAAGGCGGUGUGGAUGGUGAAAUCAAGGCAGAGGGAAGAGCUGGCCGCUGCAGGAGCACUGCAGGACUCAGGAUUAGGGAGGGCCCAGGGAAAUGAAUGCAAAUCGAAUAAGCGCUCACAAGUCUGCCUGAUAGUGUAGAACUGCCUGUGGGGGCCUGGGGUCCCCUGUGUUACCCCUGUUUAGCCUGGUUGAAGUGAAGAGAAUUAUGUGUUGAUGUGUAUUUGGACCCAAGGCCUCAGGUCAUGUAACCAAGACCUUGCGUCUCACCAUCUUUCCAUUCCUCUCUCCUCCUCGUGGCCUCCAUUUGCAGACCUGCCAUCCCUAAGUUAGCAACAUGGCAGCCAUUUCAGUAGAAAAGAGAGCUUCCCUUUCCAAACAGUUUGAACUAAAGUCCUGGCCUUGAUUCUAUUGGUCCCAGUUGGCUGAUAUGGCCAUCCCAGAACCAAUCAAUUGUCCAGGAGAAUAUAGCCCUGUGAUAAGUGAGCCCAACUCAGUGACUUAAUUGCCCACCUAGGCUCUCAGUCCACCCAACUAUGUGGACUGAGAAUGGGAGAAGCUAUUCCCAGGAGAGACACUGGGGUGCUGGUACCAGGCAAACUGGGGAUGAGUGGAUGUGAGACUGACCGAACCACAGGUAUGGACCACAAAGCUCUACCCUUUACACAGCACCAGGUGCUACGGUCUGAUCCUUAUCACAGCCCGUACUUCAGGGGGGCAGGAGUUUCUACAUCCACUUUACAGAUGAGGUAAGUGAUCCUCGCAGAGGUAGCUGUGACUUGCUCGAGAUCACAGUCCUAGGCGCAAGAACUCUGAGAAGCAAGAACAAGGAGCCAUCCCGUUUCAGUCCUGCUGGGACGACCUGCUCUGACGUUAGUCUCACAAGCACAGCUCUCUAGUCCACAGGUGGCACAUUCAAAUGCCCGAAGGGGCCAGUGAGAAAUCUAGAUGACAAUCGUGCACCCAGGGCAGAAGCUGAGAGUGAUGGAGACAAUGGGAACAUGGAGGGCGCACACUCUGUCUAGGGUGGGCGUGGACGCCUUGGCUCUACCCUAAACUCUCCAUAAGGAAAGCAGCCCACUUUUGUCAGAGCUUUCUGUGGUCAUGGGCAAAGCCAGAAACCUAGACUUUUAGGCAAAGGGUUUUCAUUUUUCAAAGUUGGUGAUUGGCUCACUUUUACAUCUCCAGGCACAUUUGGUCUGUGUGUCUCUAGUUCGUGAGCUGACUUCAUGACCCAGGCUGCUGUUAAAACAAUAAACUUGUUAGAGUUCUUCCAUCUCUACUCCCUGACCCUCAAACUUCAAGGAUAAAGAUGCUUUUCUUUUCUUUGUUUCUUUAAUCUUAAAAAAUGGGGGCUCUUGGAAGCAGAUGGAAAGAGCUGUCGACAUCUCCCUGACAUGCUUGCGGACCACCUCUGCCCUGUGCAAGUUCAACAGUCCAACUGUUUCCAUUCAAAUUACACAGACCCUGCUUCUUGUGAAAGCCUUCUGAAAGCCCUGCCUGCUUCUGGGGCUUUUGUUGCAAGGACAGGAGCGUCCAGACCUUCAAGGUGCUGUUCCUUCUCUGUUCUGGGAUAUCCAGAGUUUCAGAAAAAGUCACCUCAGAAGCUUUUGAGCUGGACGUGACCUUCCUAUCUUAUUCAGUCAUUUCCCAAACCACGGUUCCAAGGAGAGCUUUGCCAGUGCUGGAUACACCAUCAAAUUCCAUUGAAAAAUGUUUUAAACUGUAAUUAUAUAAUGCAUGGUCCACUGCAUUGGGCAGCAAAUUUUAGGGUGUUGGAGGUAACUAACUUAGGAUUCUCCUGCCAUCUCCAUUUAACUUAGAUUGGAAGGGGGGCCCUUGCAUAAAUAGUUAUUCUUUGCCACCAGUUCUCUGUGAGUCAGGGAACAAGGUGGAUGUUGUGACAAACUAAGGUUUCUGGCUUAAAAUGUGUGCAUCCAUCUCAGCAGCUUCUUUGAGAAUCAGUUGCUUGGUGGGUAAAUACUAAAUUGAACAUAGGAAAGGAGUUUUCACUAAUAAAAUGCUGCUCUGAACUGUUGCUUAUAUUGGAGGCUUUGUAGUGAGUUUGCACUUGAGGAGGAGUUUGGUUGCUCUGAAUGUUUGACAAGCCCGGUACCUGGAGGAGCGACUUCCCUAAGGUCUCCUAGCUGUGGAGGAGCCAGGAUGAGAACGUGGUUAUCCACAGCCUCCUCUCGCUCCUUCUCUCUUUUUAAAAUGUAUUGAUUUAACGAGAGAGGAAGGGAGAGAGAAAGGGAAUGAGAGAGAGAAACAUUGAUUUGUUUUUCCACUUACUGAUAAAUUCAGUGGGUGCUUCUUGUAUGCGUCCUGACUGAGGAUCAAACCCGCAGCCUUGGUGUGUUGGGAUGACGCUCCAACCAACCGAGCCACCCGGCCAGGGCCUCACCUUGCUCCCUUAUGCCAUAGGACCAUGUAACCCAUCAUACAAAUGGGGACUUUUUUUCAUUGCAUUUUUUUCCAUUACCAUUUAUCCCCCUUACACCCCCCUCCUCCUGCAAUCACCACACUGUUGUCCACGUCCAUGAGUCCUUUUUCCUCCUCCCUUGAUCCCUCCACCCCCUCACCUCCCACCCAGAGCUGGCAGCCUGCCCUCCAUCUAUGAGCCUGUCUCUACUCUGCUUGUUAGUUCACUGUGUUCAUUAGAUUCCACAUGUGAGUGAGAUCACAGGACAUUUGUCUUUCUCCAACUGGUUUCUUUCACUUAGCACAAUGUUCUCCAGGUCCAUCCAUGCUGGCGGACACUUUUUAAGAGUAAAAUGGAGUGCUUUUAACAAUCACUGCCAGACUACUGAAAUAAACUGGACUGUUCCAAGACGAUCGAAAUCUACAGCCCCUCUAGCUGUAGCAAGAAUUAAUUUGUUAAAUUGUAGAGACUUUUAAAAAAUUAAGAUAUAAGUGACCUAUAACAUAUUCAUUUCAGGUGUGCAACAUAUGAUUCAUUAUAUGUAUGUAUUGCAAACCGUUCUCCACGAAGUCUAGUUAGUAUCCAUCACCACACAGUUACAAUUACUUUUCUUUCUUUCUUUCCUUCUUUCUUUCCUUCUUUCUUUCUUUCUUUUUUUGUUUGUUUUUUGGUUUUUGGCUGCUACUUUGUCUUGUUUUCCACUUG